AUGCCCGAUUCUACUGAAACUGAGGUAUCUCGUGUAAAUGAGGCCGUGCAAUUCGCUCGAAGCAAAAAAACGCCAAAUUUACGCGAGGUCGCGCGGAAAUUUGGCGUUAAUUACAAUUUGUUAUGGCGUCGUGUCAAACGGAAUAUAAGGCCAAAAACAGAGAUAAAACCAUCAAAUUACACCCUAAAUGCCCGGCAGGAGAAGGCUUUAGGCUAUUGGAUAAAGGCUCUGGAUGCUUCUUUCCUCCCCCCGACGCCCGCUAUUAUAGAAUAUUGGGCUAAUGCUACGCUGGCCCGGUCAAAGACACCAGAUCGGACGGUUGGAAAAGAUUGGGUAUAUCGCUAUAUUAGACGUUUCCCAGAUACAGAAAUGAAGCUUAGAAGGCAAAAAAUCAUUGAUUCUAAGCGUCUAGGGUAUAUGGACGUCGCAGAGCUAUAUCAUUGGUAUGAUUUAUUGGCCAAAGCUCUUGAAGGUAUAAAGCCACAGAAUAUCUACAAUUUUGAUGAAACUGGCUUUCAAAUUGGGCAAGGAAGGACUCGCCGAGUGUUUACUAGUAAACCAGGCAAAGCUACAGACCUUUCCAGCACAGAGCACGGUGAAAGGGUUACAGUCGCAGAAUGUAUCGCGGCUGAUGGUUGGCGAAUGCAGCCCUUAAUCAUCUUUAAAGGAGUGCAUCAUAUGGAGUCGUGGUAUGACCACGAAAUACCUGAUGAAUGGAUAACUGCGACCGCAGAAAAAGGCUAUAUCGUUGAUAAGCUUGCUGUGCGUUGGAUGGAAGAAUUUGACCGAGAAACACGCGGUCGCGUCCAAAAAGGAGAACAACGUAUUCUCUUAGUCGAUGGCUGUGGCUCACAUCUGACAUUUGAAUUUCUUGAUACUGCGACUAAAGCAGGUAUUAAAAUCUUUGGAUUUCCGCCAAAUCGAACAAACUAUCUUCAACCUCUUGAUGGUAAGCCUUUUCAGGCUUAUAAGGCUUAUUUUAAGACGCAAAAUAACCUUAUUUCUCAAUGGGGUGGAGGUCUUCUUGCAUCAAAAUCAUCCUUCUUAAACGACCUUUACCAAUUCCGUAACAAAGCCCUUACACCCCGGAUGUGUCGGAAUGCCUUUUUAGAUCGAGGAAUUUAUCCAGUUGACGCAAAAAAAGUUUGUGAGAGUCUCGAAAAUACUCUUCCUCCUAUCCCAGAUAUCGAAAUUGAUCUAUCGGGAAAGAAAACACCCUCUCCAGAACCAGCCCUUUUAUCAUCAAGUUUGGAAAAUACACCUUCAAAAACCUUCAGAGAUAUUGAAAAAAGACAGAAACAUCUCUCUCCUCUUCUCUGCCGGCCUGAUUUAACGCCCAAAGAGAAAAAAACACUUGCACAGGUUCUAGAUAAGCAAGAAUUCUAUUUUAACGCCUUAGCCAAUACUACGGCUACUAUACGAGAAAUGGCCGCCAUCCGAGCCCCACGAGAAAAAAAAACUACUAGACGGCGUAUUAUGGGCCUUAGUGAGGAUAGUGUGAUACGUGUUAAAGAUACUAAACGUAGCAUAGCUGAGAGGAAGGCAAAAGAAGUUAAAAAAGAUGAAAGACGUACGGCAAGGGAGAUGGAGAAAAAGUACGGUCCAGCGGCCCUCUCACGUGAGAAAGUCGCUGAGAUGGAGGCAAACGCAGAGCCGAUAUACGAUGACUCGGGAGAGGUCAUUGCUUUUUGUGAUUAA